AUGGAAUCGCUCACAGCAGACCCGGAUACCCAAGUUGAGGUAGACCUUAUGAUACUGGAUUAUCUCCUGUGCAUGGCCAUUGACCAAGUCCUGAGCCCCGGGAAUGGUGGAGAGACACAGUAUGCACAUGAAUGUGACAUUAGCUGGAGUUUGAAAACUAUCAACACUAUCAAGGCUGCACUCCUACCAUCAUAUAUCCUUCCCAAGGACAUGCAGAUAAAAACCCAGAUAUUAGAACUCGCACAAUUGUUCAGUGAUGGCAAUGGACAUCCAGAGCCAAGCAGACGACCGGCUGUCGAGCCGUCGCAGGGAGAUCAGCGCACAACAACCGAGAACAGGAGUCCAAUAGCCCAGUCUGAAAGAAGGCCGCCCCAAUUGCACCAAUCCCAUGAAAACGACAAACCACCCGCCCACAAUAGCCGGGAUCUCGCAUUGAAUAGAUCCUACAAUACACUAGUCAGAUUUGUCGCCCUUUGCGGCACAGCGGGAGAUAAUUUACCAGAUGGACACGCUGAUACUACUGCAAAAUUAAUAACUGAAGCUGCACUGAACGAUUAUCACAUGGCGGGUGCUCAAUCGCCAGGUAGGUACAGGGAAUGCAUUGAACAUGUUACUGCGUGCCUGCGCGAAGAUCUGGACCCGCAUGUGGACCAGGCAAACCUGGAAUACCUGAGCACCCUCCUACCACCCAUCGACCUUUUAUUAGACGUGUCGGAAGGAUCUGGGCAAACUUCAUCACUCGGAGAUACCACUACCCGUCUGGUACAUCGUUUCCUGACCGACCUAAUGAAGACACUAGACCCUCCAAUACUCAUUCAACUCGAGAGAGGAAGACUUGGAGGACUGAGCCGUGAAGAGACCCAGCAGUUGAAGGACAGGAUAGGGUUUUGA